CUGAACGCCUCUAGCAUCUCGCAACCAAACUAGAUUUACUUUUUGUUAGUUUCCAUUUGUAAAUCAAAGUUUCACUUGGACAGAAUGCACUGCAAAAUCUUUUUAGUCUCUGUUAUCAUUUCCCUUGGAUUCCUGACCAUUGGUGAAGGAAUGGGUCAUAGAGGUCUGGGUGUAGAUCCACGCUGUCGCUGCAUUGAAACUGAGAGUCGACGCAUUGGAAAACAGAUAGAGAGUGUGGAGCUCUUCCCUCCAAGCUCACACUGUAAAGACACAGAGAUUGUUGCCACCCUGAAGAUAUCUGGGAAAGAGAUCUGUCUGGACCCUGCUGCACCCUGGGUUAAGAAGGUCAUUGAGAAGAUAAUUGCCAAGUAAGUGUCAGUAAAUCCUCACCAUGUGUUUGAGAUGUCCAAAGUUAUAAAAAAGUACAAGUAUCAGGUCUCAUCAUAUUUGUCAAGGAAAUAACCAUGUUAUUAAAUAAAUACCUUUUUGUUUU